CAGGGACAGAAGCAAUGGUGGUUAGAUUCCAACCACUAGUCCAGGAUGUUGUGUGUAAAAGUAAUUUCCUUCCAGUAUUUCCGUUAGAUCUUACACAUCCUGUCCACUAUUGUCACAUAUUUCACUUCCACAAACCUCUGUUCGGUCUUCAUGCGUUAAAUCUGUACAAGAAGCAGGAAGUCGAACGGCAGCUUCACCGAACUGCGCUAACUGUCCAGACCUAAGGAGUUAAAAACAAAGCCGCCAUAUUGCUUUGUUGCUGCAGAGGGACAUUAUAAGUCACUUCUUCUUGUAUUUGAGAGAGCGCCGAGUCUUUCUUUUGUGGAUGUUUUUGGAAUCCAACAUGGCAACAUCGGAUCAGAGUUUGUAUGUUCGACGGCCGGGAGAUUUCAACGUAGCAAGUGUGAAACAAAGUACACCCAGUGUGGCAACGAGAAGUGAUCCGCACGAAGUGGAGACUUUAAGUUCAGUGGACCUUGCUUCCAAAGACCUACCUCAAGAAGCACCGAGUGAGCAGCAGGAGAAAGAUCCGAAAAAGGAGGAACCUGAUCUGCUGAGUUCUCGGUCGGUCGCCGAGAAAGCCCGGCAGUUCAACUUGAAAGAGCAAGAAGCGUCCAACGAGUCGCCCACGAAGAGGAAACCUGUGGAUAUACCGACCACACCAACUCGGACAAUAGCCAUACAGACUGAGAAGGAUUCCAAUAAAGGAAAGUCAUCGCAUGUUCCUAUCGUCCGCUGGAGUCGAACUGAAGAGCGGUUAGGAGGGGGCAUUUCGCUCCAGCGCUCGACGUCCAUUCCAGACAGUGACAGCGAAACAGUGAUUCGACGCGUCAUCAGUCCUGAGGCAGCGCGGUCCCGGUUUGAGGUAUCGCCACGAGGGAAACCCGUUAGAUGUUCGUUACGACGGGAGAAGUCGCUGCAGCAGAGGAGAGAGGACGAGAGACAAAUACAGAAGUCUAGGGUUUUAGUCAAUUCAUAUGAACUGUCAUCGGAUCUCAAAAAUAAACAGGUGGAGAUGCUAGAGAAGCGUUAUGGUGGACGUUUCCGAGCCGACCACGCCGCUAAAGUAAUCCAAGAAGCUUUCCGUCAACACAACAUGAAGAAGGAAUUCCAACGUCUCCGUCGUACACCGUCAGAAAGCCGCAUUUCCCGCUACCUGGACAAUCGUAAUAAGCAGUGGGGGAUCGGCGGCAGCAGAGCUAAGGUCAUGGUGAUCGGUGACAUGGGCCCAACGUCUCCAGUCUCAACCAGACCUCCGCUCAGGGACAUUCAAGAGCUCGGAGCUGUCGAGCAGCUGCGAGAGAUUGAGACGGUCAGAGUCAGAGACGAGGAGGAGUCUGGAGUUGAGAAGAAAAAGCACAAAGUCCACCACAAUAACAGCAACAAUGUCACGCCCAAACGCGGGAUACUUCUCCCUGGUGCAAGCCCUGAUGCUAGCUUGAAAAUGGACGGCGACGCGCAAAGAGAUCGCCAGCCCUCUAAGACCAUGGUAGUGACACUGACUAUGCAACGACAUUCUGACGAGAGUGAUAGCCACAGUCACACGAGCUCAGAGUCCACUCCCCGUGGCUCUCGUGACGAUUUGAGCGCAAGGACGGACAGCAAAACAGACUUGAGCCAUCCUGAGGGUGGUGGCUCGUCGGAGAGGUCAAUUCAGAUGGUGAUACAAAACACUGAACUUAGAGAUGGUGGUGGAAGAGCCUUUGCCUGUAGGCUCGGUGGACCUGGUCAACAUGCUGUGGCCAGGCAACUUCCAUUUGAUGAGCCUGACCCAAAGCCAACAGUCAGCGACUCAGUAGAGGACAAACAAACGACCCUAGAGGGAGAUUUAGUACCAAUGGACCAGACCGUGACCUGUUCAAAUGAAGAAGUGGUUGAGUCAGUUAGUAAAGUUGAACACGACACUGAAACAGCUGUGUCAGAGACUGUAUCCACUGCUCCUGAAGAACCACAGCAGGAGACUUAUUGUGAUGAAAGUGAGGAAUCUUGCGUCAGUCCGACCACACCCACUGCUGAGACAGAGGGGCCCUUAGUGUCACCAAUUUCCACUGAAAAUAGAAAAACUGUUAUGUCCAAGGCCGUGAUCAAGGAUUCUGCUUCAAAGGGCAGUCCGAGCACCAAGAGGUCCAAGAAGAAUUCUCGCAGCAAGAACGGCCCCGAGGAUUCUCCCAAGAAGAAAUCACCCAAGGAGCGUUGGCCGUUCUCUCGAAGUCGCAGCGGGGACCGUAAAGGUAAAGCAUCACCCACAAACUCCCCGAAACCACAACGGCAUAGUCCCAGGGCACGGCCAGAAAGUGCACAAAAGCAAUCAACCUCAGGGGAGGAAAUGCACAAAGGAAGUGUGGAAGGGAAACCCGUUGUUAAUAGCCCAUCGCAAAGCCGGAAGACAAGUUCCUUGUCAGAGGGCCACCCUGUUGAUGUGGAGCUAUCAAAAUCCUCUUCACAAUCCAAAGAGAAUUCAUAUGACAGACCACGCAUGCAUACUGUUGGAUCUAUCGAAGCACUAAAGAGGAAAAAGAGUGCUCAGGAAUCUGAUAAACUGCGGUCGAAUUCGGUCAGCAGCGGUGAUCUAGGAGAUAAAUCGGACCAGUUAUCUAUUGCCUCCACUGUUACCAACAGCGAUUGUGACAGGGAUUCUGUUCAGGACGUUCCAGCGUUAACCAUUGCAACACCCGACGGGUCGUUGACAAUGCUCGAUAAGAUCAUCUCCACAUCGUCGAUGGACUCGGACUCAGAUGACGAAGCAACCACACCCCGUCAGAAACGUGCCUCCCUACCGAUUGUCAGCCUUUCGGGUCACACUGCAUCCUCGCCGCCAACCUCAGCAUCCAAGCAGCUGGUGUCUAGGGUGCAGAGCGCCAGCGGUAUGGAAUCACCUAUCUGGAAGCGCAAGAGUAAAAACACUAAAGUGGCAACUCGUAACGGGACGCUAGUGAACGGUAGCGUCGGCCAGCCCACCAAAAGCUUGGCUCGAUCAGAAACUGGCGACAGCAUGAGCAGUGAGGGCAGCAACUCGUCCAGUCGUUUCAUGGUCGGAGACGAUUCAAGUAUAACUGAUAGUAUAGACAGUCUUUCGUUAGAGUCCAGUUAUAUGGAGUCACUUGAUAAGAGACCUUUAGAUCCGAUGCUUAGUAUACCAAUGACUGCUGUCAGAUGGCGGAGAUAUAGAAUUGGACUCAAUCUAUUCAACAAGAAACCGGAGAAGGGAAUUAAAUUUCUAGUCGAUAAUAAAUUUGUGGAAAACUCACCGAACGAAGUGGCUAAGUUCCUGCUGCACCGUACGGGACUGAGCAAGUCUAAGAUUGGGGAAUAUCUCGGCAACCUGCAGAAAGAAUUCAACAUGCUGGUAUUAGA